UUGAGGGCGGGGUUCGGCUCACCUCUUUUUUCAUGUGGACGUCUUUAUUACAAACCAAGUUCUGAUGGAAUCUUCGGCGGUGGAAAACCAGGGAACGAUGAGUUCGGAACCCAUACACCCGUAUUAUCCACGAGAUCUAAGACUUCCGCAUUACGUGCCGAAUGAAAAGAGCGCCGCCGAACUGGUCGGAGUGUUUUUCGGCGUGAUCGGAGGUUUUAUGGUUGCAACAUGGGUCCUGGCCAGCUCUGCAAGAACAGUAAAAUUUUCGAUCCCGCAACGAAUUAUUCUUUGCUGGUUCGUCAUGUCGGGCAUUAUUCACUCGGUACUUGAAGGUUAUUUCGGUAUUUACCACCAGACAUUGGCAGGGAGAAUGACAUUUCUUGGACAAGUGUGGAAGGAGUACAGUAAGGGAGAUAGUCGAUAUUUGAGUUCUUUUUAUAGAAUUCCUGCAAUAAUUAGAAAUCAGGGUCAAGCAUGUGAAACGCUGUCCAGCCAACGACGACUGAAAUGGCUGUCAAGGCUAAAUCAAGAUUUUACCGGGAAAAACCUCGGGAAUGUCAGAGUGUGUUCAGAUCAUUUUAUUAUGGGCAAACCAGUUGACUUGUAUGACGAGACCAACCCUGAUUGGGCUCCCAGUCUGAAGAUGGGCCAUGAAAAACUUGGGUUUUUUAAAACUUCAAAAGACCGCUAUGAACGCAUUUCCAAGCGAAAAGUCACCAUCAAAGCAAAGGCGACAGAGAUGUUCCCAGAAGAAGAAUUAUGUCCAAAUGAAGCCCCUGAUGACAGUACUAACACAGAUUGUAAUGUGGAAACGCAGACAGAUUUGAAUGGGUUUUUAAUAGAUGCAAUGAGUUCUGAAUUGCAAGCACUAAGACUUGAAAUGAUGGAUAUUAAAAAGCAUGUUGCCAUUUCCAAAUUAUGUUUGUCCGAUUUGAUAGGGAAAGAUGAUAAGGUGAAAUUUCUGACCGGUUUGUCAUCUUAUGAUGUGCUUGCAAUGUUAUACGAGUAUCUGAAAGAUUUUAUUCCUACCAAAAAAAAUCGCUAACCAAAUUCCAGAUGCUGUUUAUGACACUUAUGCGGCUGAGACUGAAUUUGUCAGAACAGUUCCUUGCAUUUGAAUUUGCUGUUUCACAAUCUACAAUAUGCCGAAUGUUUUCUGAAGUUGUAGAUGUUUUGUAUGCUAGAACUAAACCAUUUGUACAUUGGCCUGAACGUGAGGAAUUGUAUAAAACCAUGCCUAUGGAAUUUAGGAAAUAUUUUGGGGGAAAAGUAGCUGUGAUCAUCGAUUGUUUUGAAAUCUUUAUAGAAAGACCCUCAAAUCUUACGGCUAGGGCACAAACAUGGUUAUCCUACAAACAUCACAAUACUGCAAAAUUCUUAAUGGGCAUAACACCACAGGGCACAGUCUCAUUCAUUUCCAAGGGUUGGGGUGGACGGGCCACAGACAAAUACAGCACUGAACACUCAGGUUUUCUAAAUUACAUUCUUCCAGGUGAUACAGUCUUAGCUGAUAGGGGGUUUGAUAUCAAAGAUAUAAUGGGUAGUCUCUGUGCUGAAGCUAAAAUACCUGCAUUCACUAGGGGAAAAGACCAGUUAUCACCCCUUAAGAUAGAAUCAACAAGGAAAAUUGCUCACUGUCGAAUUCAUGUUGAGCGGGUAAUAGGAUGUGUUCGUCAAAAAUAUACUAUGCUUGACAGCACAAUUCCUAUAAGAUUUAUGAUGUCAAAAGACAGUGAGAGCAUGACCAUUCUGGACAAGAUAUGCCUGUAUGUUGUUCUUUGACAAACCUCUGUGAACCAAUAGUCUGUUUUGAUUAAAUUUAGCAUUGACAACUGACCCCAUAUGACAUGUUUUUUAAAAACUAUUACAAGUAAAAUUAUACCAAACACUCACUAUGAUGUUGUGUUGAUUAAUUUACUAAAGGUGUAACGAUAUGGCAGUACAGUAGUAUAUCACAAUACGAGGUCCACGAUAUGGCAGUACAGUAGUAUAUCACAAUACGAGGUCCACGAUAUGGCAGUACAGUAGUAUAUCACAAUACGAGGUCCACGAUAUGGCAGUACAGUAGUAUAUCACAAUACGAGGUCCACUAUAAUGAUACAUCAAUUUAUGGCAGCAAUAUCAUGAUACAUACAUAAUUCCUGUUUUGCAGGAAACCAAUUUUGAUCUAUAUGUACAACAUGCGAACAAUCAGAAACAUAACACAUUGGAUUUGCUAAAAUUGCUAACUUAACUAGAUGCUGGAAUUGAUAUACAGUGUAAUUGUAAAAAGUUGUCAUUGCCAGAAAUAUUUUACAAUACCUAAUAAUUAGCAUCAGUGUUAUUAAGUAUUGGCAUAGUACGUACCACAACCUACCUGUAUUGUUAUACCUCUCUAAUGUACUAUAAAAUAAUUUUCUAAAAUAUUCCAUUUAUUUGUUUAUUAAUGAUAUGUACAUUUAUACGGGCAAUUUAUGUUAUUUGAGUGUAAAAUAUGGGAAAAUAUAUUUCACCAUUGACAUUUUUAUUAAAUACAAAAUAUUAAUAUUAUUGAUAUGUGUGUAGUCUGAAAAAAAAAAAAAGACGUUAAUUUGAAAGCAAACCUAUUUUAAUCCUGUAGAAAUCAGGAUACCUACAUUUAGGUUUGAAUAAAUAAUAUAUUCAUGACAUAAAAUUAAGCAUAGUUAUAGCUGAAAUCUUGAGUAUGUUGAAAAUAUAUACACAUAUUGCUUACAAAGUUGCAUUUUUGGUCUGUCUACAGGCAAUAUGUUUUUCAAUUUGCAGUUCAUGUUUGUAUGUAAAUACAUGUACUGGAACCACCCAU